CUUUAAAAGGACUUAAAUAAAACUGUGCUUAAAACUGUGACAUUUCGGCAACACAGGGCACAGCUGGGUCUGCACUAGUCACUCGGCGUUUGUGAAGUGCACGGGUUGUACACUCGUUCGGAAAGGACUCACGGAGAGCCAUGUUCAUCCACAUCAUCAUACCAACAGGGAGAAGAAUAGUUGUCGAAGCGGAUCGCUAUGAUACGAUUAAGAGGGUCAAGGAGGUCAUAGGUCAGAAGGAGGACGUGCCCGCCGAGGACCUCCGGCUGCACCACGCCGGCCAGCUCCUCGACGACGACCGCACCCUCGACCGCUGCAACAUCACCGAGGGCUCCAAGCUCACCCUCCGCUUCAGGCUGCGGGAGGACGAGGGCGGUCAGCCCACCUUCCUGCUGCACGUGGUCACGCCCACGGACAAGACCGUGAGCGUGGAGGUGGGCCCCGCGACCACCGGCCGGCAGCUGAAGACCCUGAUCCGCCGGGAGAGCGAGGAGGCCUUCUGGGAGAGCGAGCAGCAUCUGCUGGUGAGGGACCUGGAGAUGCAGGACGAUAAGACGCUGGCCGACUACGGCAUCACCAAGGAGACCGUCAUUCGGAUGCAAAACGUACCAUGCCUGCGUCUCCACAUCGGUUCAAGUCGAGAGAGCUGCGAGGCAUCGGCCUAUUCGUGACUCUUCUAAGACAC